CAAACCGCAAAGACACCGCUUCCACAAUCCACAAUCCAAAAUCCAAAAUCCAACACACAACCAAGCCCUUUUGAGAUUAGACGUACAGGAUCACCAUGUGGAUAUCGUUAGUUAUUGUCUCUAUCUUGGCAAGCCUGGCACCAGCCAAUGGCUUCAACUCAUACCUGAACCAGAUGGGAGGAGACGGCGGUGUUGCCUCCAUGAAAUCUUCCUCUUUUGCACCCAGUGGAAAACCCAUGGCGGCGCCUCGUUCUGGAACUGGGGGAUAUUUGGAUAACAUUGGAGGCGGUGGCACGGCGGUUGCAACCCCUCCUCCCCCCCUCCAACAGCAGGAGGCACCCUCGGGUGGUGGUGUGCCGGGAUACUUGGAUGCCUUGCUCACAGCCUCUGCACCAUCCGGCGGUGGCGUACCAGGAUAUCUUGAUGCUUUACCAGCUUCAUCGGCUCCAUCGGGAAGCGGAGUGCCCUCAUAUUUGGAUGCCAUUGCUCCUGGCAGCGGAUCAGCUCCCGUAGCGUCCAGUUUUGCACCAAAACCAACGUUUGUCCCCGCUGGGAGUCCUCCUAGUGGUGCCGGCGGUGAAAGCAAUGUUGUCUUAGAAGCUAUCAGCGACAUGACCAACAACAUGAACAGGAACCAACAAACCAGCAUUUCUAUUUUGAAGGAAAUCAGCGUGGGAAUCAAAGGACUGGUCGAAAAAGUGGAGGGCCAGAUGGCUGGAGAUCAGCCUUGGCAGUAA